AUGGAAUUGAAACCAACAAGUUCUCACGCUGAAAACUCAGCAGAUUCUAAUGAUGCAGGUUCUAAUGAUGCAGGCGAAGUAGUGCCAUUCGCUCAUUUAUCCCCAGAUACUCAAGAUGUCGAUGAAGCCAUGGGAGUUGCACUUGAUUUGGAAGAAAAACAUUUAUUAUGGACACCAGAAAAAGAUAAGAAACUCUUACUUAAAAUUGACCUUUAUAUGCUACCAUUGAUUUGUUUCCUAUAUGCUUGUCAAUAUAUGGAUAAAACUUCAAAUUCAUAUGCUGCAAUUAUGGGGUUAAAGACCGAUUUGCACAUGAGAGGUGAUAUGUAUUCAUGGACAGGUACUUGUUUUUAUCUUGGUUAUUUGGUUUUCGAAUUUCCAGCAAAUUAUCUAUUACAAAGAUUCCCAUUAGCUAAGACAACUUCAAUCUUUAUUUUCAUUUGGGGAGCAUUAUUAUGUCUUCAUGCUGUACCCAAUUAUGCUGGGUUUAUUGCUCUAAGAACGUUGUUGGGAGUAUUUGAAUCCUCUAUUUCUCCUGCAAUGGUUAUUAUAACUGGUCAAUGGUAUAAGAAGAGUGAACAUUUCACAAGAACAACAAUAUGGUUUUGCUGUAAUGGAUUUGGUAUCAUAUUGGGUGGGCUGAUCGCUUAUGGUUGUGCAAUACACGAGCCAAGUUACUCAGUGGCUGGAUGGAAAGUUUUAUUUAUAGUUACAGGGCUAUUGACAAUUCUGAUUUCAAUUCUAUUUUGGUUUCAUAUACCAGAUACACCUUCGAAAGCAUGGUUUCUAACAGACGAAGAGAAAUUGAUGGUUGUUGAAAGAAUCAGGGAUAAUAAGCAAGGUUUUGGUAAUAAGCAUUUUAAAAGAUAUCAAUUUAAAGAAUCACUUUUGGAUCCAAUGACUUGGCUUUUUUUCGUCCUAGCUAUUGUUUCUCAAAUACCAAAUGGUGCCAUCACAAAUUUUGGGACGAUUUUGUUAGCCGAUGAUUUCCAUUAUAGUGAAACUGAGUCUCUAUUGAUGAAUUGUAUUAGUGGUGCUGUUGAAAUUAUUGGUUGUCUGGGUAUAGCAUCUUCAACUAUUUUUAUUCCCCAUAGGUUGAUAAUUUCCUUUAUUGCAAUUGCCAUAACAUUUAUGGCUUGUUCAAUGUUGGCAUUUGCCAAUUCAAACAAAUCUGCAAGAUUAGCAGGUUAUUAUUUGCAAUCUGUUAGUCCAAUUGGAAUCAUUUGUGUUUUAUCCUGUCUACAGUCAAAUACAGCUGGACACACUAAAAAAGUCACUACAACUGCAAUGUAUUUUAUUGGUUAUUGUGUUGGUAAUUUGGUUGGUCCUCAAACUUUCACAGUACCUCCAUACACAAGUGGUAAAUUAGCGUUGGUUGUGUGUGAAGCUUUAACCCUAUUCAUGAUUGCGGUUAUCUAUGUUGCUUAUUGGAUCAAGAAUAAGAUAAAGGAGAAAAAGGCGAAAGAUAUUGACUUGACAAAGUUCAACGCAAUCCAUAACACUGAGUUUGCUGAUUUAACAGAUCAUGAGAAUCCAACUUUUAGAUAUUGUCUUUGA